AUGAUGGAGAUUACUAUGGCAACAAAUGGCUUGAACUGGUGGGGCAGAGCCGUCCUCACAGCAGACACCGUGAGGUCACUAAUGGUUGUGACGGUGCCGGAGACUUCAGAGUUUGCAACAGGAAUUAUUCAUGGAGAAAAAGCUCCGGAGAACUCGAUGCAGUACAUGGUGUCAGUGCAGGAUAACAAGGGUCGACAUGUCUGUGGAGGUUUCCUCAUCACUGAAGACUUUGUGCUCACUAGUGCACACUGUGAUGACUUUAACCCCGCAUACGUCGUUCUCGGCAACCACAAUCUGAAGAAGGCUGAUCAUCAGAAAAUAAGGAUUGAAAAAAAAAUCAUCCAUCAGAGAUAUGCAAAUAUUCAACAUGGUAAUGACAUCAUGUUACUCCAACUCUCUGAGAAAGUUCGAUUAGGCCACAGAGUACAGACAGUUCAGCUUCCACCUGCUGAAAUAAACCUACAAGAAAAUCAAGUGUGUCAGGUGGCUGGAUGGGGAAAAACUAAACCUGAUGGUGAAUCUGUUGAUGAGCUGAGGGUGGUGGACGUGUCUGUCGUUAAACCAAAGGUCUGUGACAAACAGUGGCCUGGUCUUCCUGCCAAUGUUACCUGUGCAGGUGGAUAUAAGACAACCAAAGGAUUCUGUCAGGGUGAUUCUGGUGGUCCUCUGGUGUGCGACAGGUUCGCUGUUGGUCUCGUUUCCUUCAACUAUGAGAGUAACUGUAACUACCCCAAUAAACCCAACGUCUAUACGGACAUCUCAAAGUACCGUAGAUGGAUCGACGAGGUUCUGCGCCAGAACCCUAACCCAGAACUUCUGGCAGGUCAAAUCCUGUUCAUCAGCUGUGGAGGGUUUUUGGGUCUACCACUUAAGGACACGCAGAGAUAUGCCACGCUGAACAGAUUUCCGCAUCUGUUCAUGUUUCCUUAUCAUCACGAGUGCCUCUGA